AGUUAGCUAAGUACUUUGAGCUUGGGCCUGCCUGUUAGAAUUUGAUCCACAACAAACUUAAGAAAUAACCUUCCAGGAAAACUUCAACGAGUUAAGGGCUCGCACUUUCCGACCAAAUAAGAUGCGGCCUCGGAUGGUUUUGCUCUUUGAUGCUGCAUUACUCGUUUGGACCAUGUCUAUCUCAUCUAUCCUUUGUGCUGAUAGCAUCCAAAAUGCGCUCAAGGACUUUAAAGCACCAGACUCCUUUCAUCCCAAAAAGUUCUUCCAGCUGUCUGGUAUGACAAAGAAAAGCCCUCAAGAUCUGAAGAAGGUGUUUAAGAUGAUGGACAAAGAUGACAGUGGAUAUAUUGAGGAGGAUGAACUCAAGGUUUUCUUGCAGCGGUUCUCAGCUGAUGCUCGUUUACUGACUGAUAAGGAGACCAAGGCUUUCCUAGCAACAGCUGCGGAUAACAGCAAUGGCAAGAUUGGAGCAGAAAAAUUCCAGGCUUUUGUUCUGUCUUGAACGCUCCGGCCCCCUCUCUCGUAGACAGAUAUCAGUUCACUCGUCUUUUAAAAGCACAGGUUUAUUUCCUCUCUCAGAUCUCCUGGCCACUGGAAUCAACACUCAUAUCAAUAAAAUUUUACUUGAUUUUUGAAUAUGUGUAUAGAGGGGUGCACAAUGAGACCAUAUGUAUAAAAGAUAUUAAUUGAAAUGAAUAAAUAAAUAGCUGAAAAGAUUUAAAA